AUAGCAAAAUCAGAGAAACUGAUUCAGAAACUGAAGUGGUCUCUUAAUUUUUUCCAGAGCUGUAUAUAUCGAGUAUCACAGAAUCAUUGUUAUAAUAUCGUAACGUGAGAUGCCCUUUGAUUCCCACCCCUACUGGUCAUAGCUUGUCUACAUUGAGUAGAUUGAUAUCUUGCUUGUAGACCAGCUACACAAACCUAUGCUGGUCAAGAGCUAAACUCCUAAUAUCAUCAUGCAACCCUACCAUAUACCAUAAACCUGAUCAUGCUGUUUUUUCAGCUGGACAAUUUUCUAAUUUAAAAUAUUUAAACAGAAUGUUCUGCCAGAAUAAAUGGAAAUGUUCAGUAAUCGCCUUGUAGAAAAGGAAAAGCACAAAAAACAAAGCAGGUAAUGGUCAAAGCAGCAGGCAAAUCUAUCCAAAUGUAAGAUGUCUGUAGUGCAGACCCAGAUUUUCCAAAGCUAACCUAAUGUUUGCAUUUACUUUCUUAAACAUCUGUUGUUUACUCUGUGAGUCUGCUCUAAAUUUCUUAGUUAGUUGCUUUAACCCCUUUACAUUCCUUGCCCCAUAUAAAGCUACAGGUGUAGGUGAUACAAAACGCUUUUUCUCUGCAGUAAAAUAACUAAUUUACAUACUGAAAAAUAAUAAAUAAAAUAAUAAAAUAUUUGAAAAAAAUGUAUAAACUAGACAAACAUAACAAAACGAAAGGUUUGAAGGACAUGAACUGUUUGAUUUGUUUUCAGGAAAAACUGAUUUUAAAAUGAAGUUUAGAAAAUGGCCAAUUUUAUGAUUUUACAGUUGCAGAUUUAGCUUUUAGCUUUUUUUAAAAUAAUUUUUAUUACAAUUACAAUUACAAUUUGUAGUAACGUUUAUUAUCAAAAAUGAAAGCCUUUUAUGUAAUGCUUGUAUAGAAAUCCUCAAGAUUUAGAUUGAUGAUUGAUAUUAAAAUGCUCUUCAAAUGACAAUAAUAAAUAUCACAAUUAUGUCAGUGACAGUGUAAUAUAUCGUCAAAAAAAUUGGUUAUUGGAGCAUAUGGACUAUAUGGAGUUGUAGCCUGUUUUAUAAUUUUCCCCAAUAUUAUAUUGCAGAUUAUUAGCUUCAGUGGUUUCAGAAGAGUGGUAAUGCACUGAAUGUUUCAAGAAGACAGUGUUGUGGGGUGUGCGAUAUUGACAAAAAUCUCAGUAAAUAUCUCAUUUCUGUAUUUCUUUUUAUAUGUUUCAUGUCUAAAAACACAGGAAAAAUACUAAACAUGCUCCAGUUUCUUUAUAACUGUAGACGUUGCAGUGCUGUAUUAGCAUAAUCCUCCUACUUUGUGUUGCAUCAGGGCAUUAUUCCCACAUAUUUGAGCAUUUGGAAUGGUAAAGCCAGCCUGGGGGAUGAAUAGAAUGUGGCUAGAUUGGACUGAUUGGAAUUCAUUUACAGACAAUGCAUUGCUUUGAGAUGUGUUGUAAGUAUGAAAACACCAGCAGCUUUGGCCUGUUUGUCCUUCCGUCUGUUUCCUAAAGAAGAAACUGCUUAUUUUCAUCAUUCCAGCCUUUUCUCUAUUAUUUCCCUUCUCUUAAUGUGCAUGUCUUGAUGGAAUUCCCCGACUAUUCAUUGAUCUUUUAAGGCAGAGAAAGAUUAACGAGGCUCCAGCAGUAUUUGUUUAAUUAUACAGUAGAAGAAUACACUUUUCCAUGGCUGCUUAGCUUCACUUCUCUUGCUUAUGGCCUAUUCACACCGAGUAUGUUUUUUUUCGGACAGAAAAAACUGAUGUUUUAAGUUAAAACAUGUAUUUUCUCCUAAAUUUGGAAGACAUAUUACCCAACCCAUUUCCUAGUGCCUCCCCCAUCACUAGUAAUGCUCCCAACACUACAAGCUAUGCCGUGACCUGACCGUUGCGUUGUUCACCUCCCCAGAAGUGUAACUACGUGUUGCGUGAGACAGACAGUACCACUCAGAAGUUUGGACAUACCUUCUCAUUCAGUGUUUUUCUGUUUUCUUUUUUUUAACCAACAUUGUAAAUGAAUUGUGAAGUGGUCCAGACUAUGAAAGAACACAUAAGGAAUCAUGUAGUAACUUAAAAGUGGUAAAAAAUACAAACCAAAAUACUCUGUGAAACAUUUAGGUGGCUCUUAUUUGAAAUUUCUGGGGCUGGAACUUAUGAUGAACCUAUCCUGUAUAACAGAGGUAACUCUUGGUCUUUCUUUCCUGGGGCAGUCCUGAUGAGAGCCAGUUUCAUCAUCACAUUUUUGAUGGUAUUUGUGACUGCACUCAAUGAUACUUUCUAAGUUCCUAAAAUAUUUCGGGUUGACUGACCUUAAUUUCUUAAAGUAUUAAUUUAGUAUACUUAUUUAGUUAAAUAGUUGUUGCUUCUCAUAAUAGAGCUGUUCACUGUAUACCUGUAACUCUACCUCUUCAAAACUUUACAACUGAGGCUCUCAAACACAUUAAGAGACAAGAAAUUCAACUAAUUAACUUCAGCACAGCUGUUAACUGAAAGCCUGAAUUCCAGGUGACUCUUUUUCAUAGUUUGGAUGACUUUAGUAUUAAUCUAGCACUUUAGCACUUCUCACCUGCAUAGCAGGUGCAUAGCACUUCUCACCUGGCAUGUUAAAUGCGUCUCCUGCUAGCUCUUAUGAUCAGAUUUCUCACCUCUCAAUUUUGCCUGCAUUGCCUUUGUCCAUUAUCAUGUUAUUGCAACAACAAACCAUUGAUCUUGGUUUUGGCCAUGGUGCCUCCACCAAGACAAACCAACAAAUCCAUGUGUGGAAGCCCUGUGUUCAGCCCCAAGAUCAAUGGUUCUUUGUCAUAUGUUGCACAUCCAGUGGUGGUGUUAUCCACUGCACCACACCAACCAUAUGUGUGGGAUGCUAUUGGUGGACGUGCCAUCAAUACACUAUCAACUAUCCAUCUCAAUUAUUGCCAGACACUAUUAGGAACCUCCAUGCUGAGACAUCUGGCAUGUUGCGUUUCUUAUUUCUGUAUGUGUAUCUUAAUAAAUAUUGACCAUAUUAGUUAAAGUUUUUAAUCAUUCAUUGUUCUUGCUAUAUAUUAUCUUCCUUCCAAAUAGCAUAACAAUUUUAUAUUAGCUAUUUUUAUAAGUGUAAAUGUCCUCAUGUAAAUUUUUUCUCGUCCAUAAAAUUCAGACUCCGUGUGAAUAUGCCUUUAUUCUGCCAUAAUAACACUGUAUACAUCAUUCUGCUGUCAGUCCUGUAUGUACAGUAUAGGAAUGCUCUCAAAAUGUCUUGUAAUGUGUUACUUGACACUGUAUUUACCUCAUUCCUCAAAUAGGGCCCAAAAUAGGCCUGAGACAUGGAUCAGUUUGGAUUUUGAAGGCUCACUGCUGAUGAGUUCCCCUUUUUAUUAAGAAUUUCCCUCUGAAGCAGGGAGUGUCUGCAUAUAAAAUGGUCUGCAGUUCUCUGCUUCAUAGGUCAGAAGCUGGUUUAUUUUGUUUCUGUGGCUAUGCUCAGUCCCAACAAAACUCAAUCUGACAAAAGAAUCUCAUCAUUUGGAAUGCAUCAUUUUGACACAUGAUAUUUCUGAUAUUCUGGCCUAAACACGGCUUGUUUGUGGUUUACACUGAUAAAAGUUGUACCUCUUAGAGUAAAAAUGAUUUAAUUACAGUAAUUCUGCAUAAACCAAAUUAUUUAAAAGUAGUAAUUAUUAUAAUAGGCCAUAUAUAGAAUUUGGGCUCCAUAAAGAGUACAUAAUGAAAGCUCAUGAUUGGCAGGCACAAGGUUUUAUUCAUUCUGCAUGUGCCAGAUUGCUCUUAUUUGUAAUGAAAUCAGAUGGCUAAAUGUGCUUUUAACAGUAUAUUACUGUAUUUUAUUGGACGUAUUUGAUGUGAUGCUAUUUAUUUAUGUCACAUUUCAAUAAAAAAAAGUGCUUUGCUGGGAUACACCAUACUCAUACUCAUAUACAUACACUCAUAUACACACACACUUACUCACACACUUACUCACACACUCACUCUCUCACUCAGUCACUCAUAUCAUGAUGCAUAAAAAAAGUAAAAAUUUAAAAUAAUAAUAUUAAUUAAAUUGGAAAUCCAAAACAAAAAAAGCAAUUCGCUGCUUAUCUGGGACUGCUAGCCAGCGCAGGUGGAGAAACCUUUAUUUACUAUCUAAUUGUACACACUGCAGAUGCCUCCGUCUCCUCUGGUAUGACCAUGGGAAGUCCCAGCAGUGCUUUUCCCACCUCUUCCAGCUUCACCAUGCAUUCCGCUACCUCAGCCACAGACCGGGGCCUGGUGCACGACGCCACCAGGAAGGCGGAGAUGCCGGCCCCAGAAGCCAAGCCAAGCAACGGUGGCAGCGGCGGCGGCGGCGGCAGCAGUGGAAACGGCAGGUCGUGUGGAGAGAAGGCCGGCGGACCUUCUCAGCAGCACCACCACCAGAUGACGCCUUCCAAGCGACCCGUCCUGAACAUCUCGCCCCCGCCAGAGGACCUGUUUGAUGACAGCCACAUGUCUGGAUGUCAGGAGGACCUGCUUCAGGAUUCAGAGCAGAGCAACAGCAUCUGGACGGAGAACUCCGUCUCCAACUUCAGUCUCAUGAGCUCCAGCUCCUACAACGACAACACAGAGGUUCCCCGCAAGGCCCGGAAGCGCACCCCUCGUCAGCGGCCCGGGUCUAAGCCGGUGUCCGCUGAAGAGGCCAGCAUGGACGUCUUCGAUGCGGACAGCGCCAAAGGCCCGCACUUCGUGCUGUCGCAGCUCGGCCCGGACAGCAAGGCCAGUUCCAAAGCCAGCUCUGAUGGAAACCAAGCAUCUGGUCAGAAAGGCGGGAUACUGUGCGGUCAGUUCCCACAGAAAAGUGAGGGGAAAGAGCUGAAGAUCCUGGUCCAGCCUGAGACUCAGCACAGAGCCCGGUACCUGACUGAGGGCAGCCGGGGCUCUGUGAAGGACCGCACUCAGCAGGGCUUUCCUACUGUCAAGCUGGAGGGGGUGAAGGAGCCGGUGGUCCUGCAGGUGUUUGUGGGUAAUGAUGCUGGUCGUGUGAAGCCUCAUGGGUUCUAUCAGGCCUGUAGAGUGACGGGUCGAAACACCACCGCCUGCAGAGAGGUGGACAUCGAGGGCACGACCGUCAUCGAAGUGUCUCUGGACCCCAGCAAUAACAUGACACUUGCGGUGGACUGUGUGGGGAUCCUGAAGCUCCGGAACGCUGAUGUGGAGGCUCGGAUAGGAGUGGCCGGAUCCAAGAAGAAGAGCACUCGUGCCAGGCUGGUGUUCCGGGUGAACAUCCCCCGACCCGACGGCUCUGUGCUCACUCUGCAGACCCCCUCCUUUCCCAUACUGUGCACCCAGCCUGCAGGAGUUCCUGAGAUCCUGAAGAAGAGUCUACACAGCUGCUCAGUGCAAGGAGGAGAAGAAGUGUUCAUCAUCGGGAAGAACUUUCUCAAAGGAACCAAAGUGGUGUUUCAGGAGAAUAUCUCGGAUGACAAGUCCUGGAGAGCAGAGGCUGAGAUCGACAUGGAGCUUUUCCAUCAGAAUCAUCUCAUCGUAAACGUUCCACCAUAUCAGAAUCUGGCCAUCACCUCUCCUGUGUCUGUUGGGAUCUACGUGGUGACUAAUGCUGGACGCUCCCACGACGUGCAACCGUUCACAUACACUCCAGAGCCAGUUAUGGAUGCUUCUGUGAAAAAAGAGACCUUGCCUCCAGUCAAGCCGUGUUCUUUCGAACAGAUAAAAGUAAUGGACAGCAGCUUGAUAGUCCCAAUCUUGCCUCUCGUCAAAAGAGAAGAGGUCACUCCCAUGGAGGUCUCCAGUAACUCCUCAGCGUUUAAGCAGAGCCCAGAUCUGAUGAACUCAGCCCAGCAGACCCUGGAAAUAAGCAACAGCAUCUCUCCCAACAGUCAGACGUUUUCCAGCCCUCUGGGAUGUCAACCGGCAGAGCAGGAGCAGCCACAGAAUUCGGUGUUCUCCAGCAAGGAACCUUUAAACACCAUUCCCAAACAAGACAUGGCACCCAACAGCUCCUUCCAUGUUCCUGGAAAGCCUCUGCUCCAGCAAGGAGCCCAGCAGUUCCUCCUGGAUACCGACAGUCUGGCUCAGGAGAGGUCUGGCAGCAGUGCUGGACAAUUGGUAGGGAUUUCCCAAAUGGACGACAGCCCACAGCAUCAGCUGUCUCUUCUGCCACCGGAUGAGGUGGCACAGCUCGAGCAGGCGGUGCGGCAGCUGCAGGCGAAGGGGUUCUGCAACAUUCAGAUUCAGACAGAAGAUUCGCUGGCAAAGAAGCAGCAGCAUCGACUUCAGCAACAGCAACAAAUCCAGCAGCAGAUGCAGCAACAACAGCAGCAAAUCCAACAGCACCAACAGAUCCAGCAACAGCACCAACAGAUCCAGCAACAGCAGCAAAUCCAGCAACAACAGCAGAUCCAGCAACAACAGCAGAUCCAGCAACAGCAGCAGAUCCAGCAACAGCAAAUCCAACAGCACCAACAGAUCCAGCAACAGCAGCAAAUCCAGCAACAACAGCAGAUCCAGCAAGAGCAAAUCCAGCAGCACCAACAAAUCCAGCAACAGCAGCAGAUCCAGCAACAGCAAAUCCAACAGCACCAACAGAUCCAGCAACAGCAGCAAAUCCAGCAACAACAGCAGAUCCAGCAAGAGCAAAUCCAGCAGCACCAACAAAUCCAGCAACAGCAGCAAAUCCAGCAACAACAGCAGAUCCAGCAGCAGCAGAUUCAGCACCAACAGCAAAUCCAGCAACAACAGCAGCAAAUCCAGCAGCACCAACAAAUCCAACAGCAAAUCCAGCAACAACAGCAGAUCCAGCAGCAACAGCAGCAAAUCCAACAGCACCAGCAGAUCCAGCAGCAACAGCACCAGCAGAUCCAGCAGCAACAGCACCAACAGAUCCAGCAGCAACAGCACCAACAAAUCCAGCAGCAACAAGUUCUGGAGAACCUGCAGCAUCAACUUUUCCAUCCCCAGGUUCCAAUGCAGUGCAACCCUGAGCAGCAAAACUCCUCACAAUCAAUUGUAGACAACAGCGCUGCCCUCUUUCAACCCACAUCUGCCCAACAACCCCAGCAACCCACCCUGUUCCCACAAGCAAAAGAUCUCCUCUCCAUCCAAACUGGCUUUCUUCAGCCAACACCCUCCCAUUCCUCUCCUCCAUUAUUCCACACACCCUCAUCUUUGACCGAGGCCCAAGCCCCACAGGAGGCGCUGUUCCACACACAGAAAACCUCACCCACUCAGGAGCAGGUCCAAGCAUCCCUGUUCCAGAACACCAUGAACGUUCUCGAUGGGUCCAGCCUUUCUUCCGAAUCUCAGACUUCUGCUGCCAGCAUGUUCCUCUCCCAGAGUGCCUUACCUGGUCAGCUUGCAGUCAACAACCAGACGCAGCAGCUAGCGUUCCUCAGCUCUAUCCCAACGUCUGCCCUCGAGCCGCAGUCCGUGUUCCAGCAGAGCACUCCCAUGGAGCAGCAGUCAUCCCAACAGGCCUCGCAAGCCCAGUCAGGCUCUCUGUUUCAGGGCAUCUCCCAAUCACCAAGCAACAAGCUCUCUCCAAACCAACAGCAAGCUGAGAUGCUCUUCAACUCUCUGGGUUCAGCGGUAUCUGUGCCCCCAGAGCAGACCUCUGGACUCCUGUUCAGUGGCCAGUCUCAGAUGACCUCAAUGAACAGCAGUAGCCUGAUUUCCCCAGAGCAGCAGAAUUCAGCACUCCCCUUUUCCCAGUCCAGCAUGGUCACGGUCAGGCAGGAGGAGCCCUCCGAACCCAUGUCCUUCCAGGAUCAAAGCAUCAAUGUGGCGAAUCAAUCGUCGAGUAAGCAGGCUCUGUUCCAGGAGCAACAGCCCAUGCAGCUCGCACCGAGUUCAGCCACUGGCUCUCAGGCUUCUGUGAACCUGUUCAUGGCCCAGCCCAACCUAACAAGGAGCAUGGCGUCUCAAGAAGCGCUUUUCGUGCCGCAGAACGGCGUGGCAGGACUUCAGACGACCACCUCCUCACCAGUGCAACAGCCUGGAUCCCUGUUCCAGACAACAGUGAGUGGAAGCCUCAGCCAGCCGACUCAGCCGAGCCAGCAGCGUAACAUCUUCCUUUUUGAAAUCCAUAAUGAUUGUGGUCAGCUGAUGAACUCCCAAGGAAACACACUGUCUGACCAGAUCAUUGCCAUUAGCCAGUCUGGUCAGAACCAGAGAGACAGUGAUGGGCAGAUCCAUUCCUUACUCAACCAAUCCAUGAAUCCAGAAUCUGGGAAUGUACAGAAUGUUCUCACCACCUCCCAGAACAUGGAGAAGAUAGACGACCUGCUUGUGAGUCUUCAGGAGCAGAGCAAUAACCUCCCUCAUUCCUACUAGGGCCUUACAGACCCUGCAGACAGACUUAAAGAAGAUUUGGAACAUCAUUUUAACACUGGAGGGAUCCUGAUGAACAGCGUGAUCUAUUUGAUUGUAUGGAUUUGAUAUCAGCUCAGCGGUGCGAGAGAGUCUGCUGAAAGUAUACUGGUUUGAAGGUCGAGGAGUUUCUACAGUCAAGCCUUAGUGGAGCAGCGUCACUACAAACGAAGCUGUCAGGACGAGCACAGUGUACUCUGGUGGUGUUUGUUUUUAGCUGUGAAUGAAACAUAUCAUAACUGAUAGAAUGUUUAAUACAGUAGUUCUCAGUGCGAACACUUUGCUUUUUUUAUGAAGUUGAAUAAGCGAGUGAGCACAUUUCGAGCUCCCUUUUUUUGUGUGCACUUGUGAGUGAUGCAUUUUUGUACGUUAAUCAAAUUAUAAAAUGAUGAAAGAAUGGUUCCAACUCUAAAAGAAGACAAAAAGAGAAAUAUUUUGAUAUAUUUGGUCCUGGUAGCACUUUAUUCUGGUUCUGUAUUCAUUCUGUAGCUGCGUCCUAAAGCCUAGAUACUGCAGUCAAGGUAGAGUAGUUCUGUCCUGUAAAGAAUCCUUCUCAGUAGCCUAUUGGUUACACCACCAAUAUGGAUCAAUUAAAGGGGUGGAAAAACAUCAAAUAGAUGAGUGCAGGUCAGCAUGGCUGUGGAUAAGAGCUUGAGGACAUGCCAUAAAAAAGUACAUGUAGUUUGAUGGCUGUUUGGCAAGUUGGGAAGGAGAUUUGAUGAUUUUUUAAAUUUGUGCCAAAAGCUUUACAGCAAAAUAUGAAAUCUGCAAUCCUAGCAGCUGAUUAUAUACUUAUAGGAGCAAAAAAAAUAAGAUGAAGCAAACGAGAGAUUCCAGAAGCAAAAUACUUUAUCACCAAAAUCUACAAAAAUCCAUUAAAUCCAAUGAAAGCAAGUAAAAGUGGCAAAAAUAUAUAUUUAAAAUAUUUUAUUCUGUUUUGCAUUUGCUUUUCUUUUUCAUUAUUAAAAUUUUAAUUGUAGGAUUAAUCUGUUGGCAUAAAAUGAACUCUUAAUAGAUUAAUUUUUAAUUACAUUCAAGUGUCUGAACAUGACGUGACUGGUGAAAUAUUACCUGGCCCCACUAUGAAUAGUGUGGCCCCUUGAUGUUCCUACUCAGAAAAAAUCUUAAAUCCACUUUCACACCUACCUUGUUUGGGCCAGACCUUGAAAAUACUCUGAUUUUUUUGGUCCAAAUCAAAACAGCAGGUGUGAAAGGUGCCACAAUCCACAGUUCAAAAGUAAAAAAAAUAGCCAUUUUUCUGCACUUUUUGGUUGGUUCAGACUUUAAGAGAAAUCAGUGGACGUUUAGGCAGGCUAUCAUCACCCAUUAAACAGUACAGAAUGAUUUUAUACUAAAGUUGUGCAGAAUUUGGACUCUAUAUGUGAGCUUUCAGGUGUGAAAACACCCUACGAUGCAGCCUAGGAUUUGGGACGCAGCUCAUUUUCUGCUCAAAUCCAAACAAACUGCAGAGUACAUAAUAUUCAGUUAUCAUCUCAUGUAGGGUACAUGUUCUGUAUGAUGUAAUGAUGUUCUGAGAACCUAACUCUCUCUCUCUCUCUCUCUCUCUAUCUCUCUAUCUAUCUUUCUCUCUCUUUAAUUUUAAAAUGAUGUAUCUUUAUUAUCAUAAGUGUUCUUUUGUGAAAAAAAGAAAUAAUAUGUUUUAUUUUAAAAAAUCUAAAAAUAUUUACAUAUUUUACUUGUUAAAUGAAGCCUCUGUGCUUGAGUUUUAUGUUCACUAGCGUCUGGCACGCUGGUACCGGGCAGCCUGGCUUUUUUUAAAACAGGAAACCCAGGAGAGCGUCUAGCUCCUUUUACAAAGUUAUAUUUUACGGUAUAUAAAUAAUGUCUGCCCUGUCUUUAGUAUCAUUUUAUCAGCAUUUUCUCACCUGGCUAUCUUGCCUUGGUGCUAAACGCAAGAGGAAUACAGCCUUUUAUCAAGCCUUUAACGCUCUGGUAAUAACUCAGUAACUUUGUAAAUAAGACUUUAUUGUUACUACAGAAUAUUCUAUUCUACACAAUUCUAUUCUAGCUUGUAGAGGACCAGUCAAGGUCUCAGCUUCAGGCCUGAAGUCAGUCAGCAUCAACUUUUACACACUUUUGUAACAAUUGGCCAGUUUUAUGGCUGAAAUGGUAAUGGUAUGUAGGGCUGCUUUGUUCAGGAGGUGAGUAAUCCAGGUCCAGAAUGUAAAAAUCCACUCCAGGAUUUAGUUUCAACUUCCUGGACUCCUCUGAUGUAGUUUAUUAGAUGUGAGAAGACCUAUUGUUGCAGUUUUUUUCAAGAGAAAAAUUGAUUCUUGCCAAAUUUACAUGAUAUAAUAGUUUCAUAAUGUCCAGAUGUCCCUGUACUUCUGCAAAGUCGUACUGUUGAGAUGGAUGCAGUUUGUGGUUAAGCAUUGUCUUGCUGAAAUCUGGAUAGUAGCAUACAUUCUUCUAAAACCUCCAAAUAUAACAGAAAAACUUUUUAUUUACAUGGUCACAGAACAGUUAAAUAUUUUGCCUUAGCCCAUGUUAAAUCUAAGCUGCAGCAGAUCCACCCCAACGAUUUUUACUUUCUGGACCUGGACUACCCACCUCUAUUUGUUACAAAAAUGGAAGAAUGGAGAAUGUGAAGCGAGUCGCGUUACUGCACUCGCAAAUUCAAUGCCAGGCUUGUUGUAAAGCUGCCAAAACGUUGUUUUUUUGGUUGUGGUAAGUUUCACGUUAUGAAUAUCAGACUAAUGUGCAUCGUUUUCUUUACAUUACAAGAGCCCUGCUCUCUGUAAUAUAUAAAACAAUAGCUCAGACGAGCUCUUAUUUCAUUAAACAUCAUCCGUACGGGCUGUUUAGUCUCUUGUGACCAUUAACCGUUUUUAUGCCUAGUUUUGAAUAGUGACUAUUCUGACCUCUGUUUAGGUGGGGGAGUGCUCUUUUAGAUCUUUAAAGGAGUCCUCUGCAUAGGGAAGAGCUGUGAACUUGAAAUGGAAGAAAGAGCUGUCUGUGAUUGGCCUUCAUCUCUGUACAAUACUGAUGAUUUACAUUUAUUUUCAUUUAUUUGUUUGUUUCCAUCUGUUGUUUGAUAUUUAUGUGAAUAUAUAUACAGAUAUUUUCUCUUUUUCUGUCAGAUUCUAAAGAUGAAAAAACACUAAAAAAUGUUACUAGUCUACUACUUUUUGUCCUAGAAAACUAUUUCUAAUUUAUUUUUGCAUUUGUUAUUGUCUCCAGACACAUUUUCAAAUCAAAACUCUGUCUCUGUUGACUUACAGUUCCAUAUGUGUGAUUAAAAACAACUGUUUAUUAUGUGAUCAUCCAUCAUCA